AUUGAGAUAUUAUUUAAAUAUGUACUCUUAAGGCACUUAAUAUCCAAACUCUAAGUACAAAACCUAACUUUGUAGACAUUUUAGUAUUGAUUUGAUAUUUAUCUGAAUAGCACAGAAUGGAGUUUGCGCUUUAGCAAUAAGAUGUUAAUUUGCUCAUGGACCAUAAGAACUUCGAUAAAAUGCUUAGCAACCCCAAAGUUUCCCAGAGUAGACAGUUUAGCCGAAUACUUAUAAUAAAGUGUAGGGAAUCAAUCCUAUGAUUGUAAAUUACAAAAGUAAGAUCAAGGAUUAAUUAAUGUAGCAUAAUUGUGUAAACAUUUUAAUCCUUAAACUGGGCAAUGUAAAAAUGGUCCUACUUGCACAUUUGCACAUGGUGAAAACGAGUUAAAUACGAUGCCCUAUUUACAAAAUUAAUAUUUGUAAUGCUUCUAUUUGAUUAUUUCUGAUUAGAUUGAUGCAAUAGCAGAUGAAAUAGAUCAAUCAAUAAUAAAUGUAGGCAGAAUUAACAUAGCAAAUAUUAGUGAUGAUUUUAACAAAUAUGGAACAUAUUUUUCCAGGCUAGCAAGUAUUAAAUACUGUUGAUAGUAGUAAAUUCUUGCAUUGUUGAAGCAAGGCUAAGAGAAGGCGAAAUCAGGGGAUACAUAAGGAGCAAGUGAAAUAAUUAAACUGAUUAUACACGAUUAGGAUAGAUCAAAGGAAGAGAAAUAGCAAUAUCAAUAAAUUUAUAAUAAUGCUUAAAGGCAUUAUGAUUAAAAAUUGAAAGAGAUUCAAUCUUCAUAAUAGUAGUAAUAGCUUUAUUGAAAUAUAUUAUUAUAUAUACA